AUGUUUGGAUCAUUUGGCCUGGCAAAUCUGCCGCCCAAGGUCAAGGUAGCCCCCGAAGAUGUUCCGCCUCCUACGCCGAUCAGUCUUCCUCGCUACCAGCCUUUCGUCCAAGAUGAUGCCCCAGUUGAUCCACAGCAAGCCCUAUCAAACUUACUCAAGUAUACGGGCAGGGCUUCUGCUGCUUCGGGGUUAAUUGGACUUUCCGCCAUUGGAUUUGAUUUGAAGCUGGAUGUUGAAGCAGAGGAACUUAUCCCCGUUCCGUCUUUUAUCCCCGAUUUUGAGAAAUGGGAGCGACUCACAUCCGAGGAAGCUGGCGAGCAGAACCAAGCGGAGCGCCGGCCCAUAAGAAACGGUAAUCUUUCUCCUGGAUGUCAAGUUUACGUUGAGCGUCGUAAAGAGCUCUCGAAUAAGAACGAAGAUGCAUUUCACACAGUCCGCCGACUGCCCCCACCCAAAGGAAAGCAGCAGGCUCGGCUUGGAAACGCUUAUGAGUUCUUCCGCUGCCUUGAAUUCUUCACUACGUACUGGGAUGACCCAACUCAGCCUCCGUCUCUCCCUCCAUCUCCCGAAUUGGCACCUGCUGAGAACGGUGAAACCAAUACGACCAAUACCCCUCUGGAAUCCUCACGGUAUGAGGCAACACGAACAUCGGACGGUUGUUCAAUGCCCCCUGAGUAUCGACAAAACCUCAUUUCAGCAUUCAUCAAGCUCGUCGCAUAUGAUUUUGGCUGCAACGUUUCUAUGGCUCGUUAUGAACCUAGGUUACAUUUAAGCUCUCCGGAAGGCCAUCCAAGCCCGCGCAAAUCAUACAGCCCUUCCAACUGCCAUUUUAUUUUCCAGAGCCCAACUACAAGAGAAACAGCCCGUGCUGGUCUUGUAUAUGGCCCUCUGGGGGCGGUAAGUACACGUCCAGGCACAAAUUUUACAACUCCAGAUAUCGAAACAGCACAGUCCACCGAUCUUGCCCGGGAAGUACUAGCUGCUCUCGUUACUGCUCAGCAUAGGGCUCGCGAAGGGAAAGUCGAAACGCGAUUUGGUGAAGGCCAGUGGUGGACUUCUAAACCAAGAUGGGGUGGUGGUACUGGGGGUCCCAUUGGGAGAGAAAUAGAUACGGAUAUGCCGCUCGGAGACAAAGAUGCCCUGCCCUCUGAUUCAGACAAAGUGGUUCGACCUGCCAAAAAGCCUCGGAAGACCUUGUCAAUAUAUGACGCCUAUCGUAUGGUCCGCCCGCCAUCUUCUACAUGGGACAAAAAGGCUCGCUACGAAGCAAUUGGUAGACAGAAGGGUGUUGACUAUGACGACAUCUUUGUGAUUAGCUCUAUUUUCCACCAUGUAUCCAUUCUUCGGGUGCGAAUUCCCGACCGUCUCUUGGAGGUACUUGGAGGCUCUCCUGAUCCAGAUGUGACACAACGCAGCUGGGGCAGAGUGCAGGGCUGGAGAAGUCGAUGGUUCGACCUAUUCGACAUUGAGCAGCGACUUACAGCUAUGCGGAUGCUUUGGGCUGUAAUGGCUUAUCAGAUGAGGAAGGAGCCAGAGGAUAAGGAUGUCGCGAUGGUUGAGAAGUGA